UUUUUUUUCUUCAUACACACAUUCUGAUCAAUGUCGACAAUCGUCAAGAGACUCAUCUCAGCUGCACAUGUCGCCAUAUUCACCUACGGCUUUCUGCUCCAGCGUAACGAUAGCGAACUUUCUAAUAUCAAUGCAAUUGGUUUCUCCAUCUACUGCUCCCGAGGAGCAGCGCUCUGUCUGGCCUUUGACAUGGCCAUAAUCAUGCUCCUAGUCUGUCGCAAGUUGCUCUCCUAUAUUGCACGGAUCGUCUUUGCGUUCAAUAUCGGCCAUGGCACAAUCUCCGAGGGAAGCAACUCCAGCCUGACUUAUUACCACAGGUUCCUCGCCUAUCACAUCCUUGUAUUUUUGACGAUCCAUCUAUUAGGGCAUUGCGUCAACUUUUAUCGACUUGAACAAUUGGGCCGCGGUAGUGCCAUGUCAUAUCAUUUUGGGACCUGGGCAGGAGUGACUGGAUACUGGAUGCUCCUCUUACUCGGCAUCAUGUUCAUCACAGCCCAUCAAAAGAUUCGAAAGAGGAACUAUGAAGUCUUUUGGUAUACUCAUCAUUUGGCUCUUUUGGUCAUGGCCUUCUACACAUUUCAUGGCUACGGAUGUUUUGUAAAGACAAAUGACGGUGAAUGUCGUGGCUACAACUCUUGGAAAUACAUUGUGCUCGCCUCUAUUAUUUACGUGAUCGAACGUCUACUCCGGACCUUUGAAUCUUUUCAGCCCAUUGUUUUGUCAUCCGCCAUUGCUCAUCCUGGAGGUGCCAUCGAGCUCAAUUUUAAGCAACCUUCCCUUCAUUAUCGUCCAGGACAGCAUGUUUACCUCAAUAUACCCCGGCUGUCCAAAUUUGAAUGGCAUCCGUUUACGAUCACAUCAUCACCGUUCGAACAGUAUAUAUCAUUGGAUAUUCGACAGGACGGUGACUGGACAAGGAACCUUGCAAGAUUAUUGGGAUAUGGACCAGAAACACCGCGGAUAGAGCAGAUACAGGUUGUUCGGGAUCGUUCAUUACUGCCUCUCAUCAAGGUUGAUGGUCCAUAUGGAGGGCCUAAAGAUGAUGUUUUGGAUUUUGAUCAUGCGGUGCUCAUUGGGACAGGGAACGGAAUUACGACCUUUUCGGGUAUCCUUCGACAUAUUUGGUUUCGGCAUCAAGAGACGCAGAGCUCAAGACUUGAAACAUUAGAUCUAUAUUGGGUGUCGCGCGACGCCAACAAGCUUGAAUGGUUUCAGUCACUGUUCUCAAUGGAGAAAACCAUGGAGCUCUUCAGGACAGGGUUGAUCCGCAUUCAUAUAUAUUUCACAUCAGAAACAGCUUAUUCAUCGUCAUCGUCAUCGCCAUCGCCAUCAGCCCUUUGUAACAAUCUAUCUCCUAGACGGAGCUCCAGUAUUGGGAUUAAAAGAUCUCAGCAGAAUGAUGAAGCUAUUAGACGGGAAAAUAAACGCACACAAAACCCUCUACCUCCAGCUAUCGAAACAACAACAACAACAGAGUCUAUAGGGCUGGCUUCUGGAAGUGGGCGACGACGAUAUUCUGAAGAUGAUGAUGAACAUGAGGAACAUGAGGAAUUAUUGUCGCCUUUGGAUCGUUAUGGCGGUGGUGAUUCGGCAUUAGAAUCGGGCUUGCUUAUCUCCUUACAAUCGAUCUCUUCGCCUUCCAUAAACCCACAGCCCACAUCCCAUUCUAGUACAGCAACAGCAGCAGCAGCGGCAGUAGCACGGGCAGCAGAAAAUAUAGAACAGGGUGAUGACGCCAUUAUAGGCCCUAACAAUAUACAUUUUGGACGCCCUGAUUUUGCAACUCUAUUUGAAGACAUGAAGAGCAGGCUCCUGUUUCAGGAAGAGGAGAGUAAUGGUGAAGGCAACGACAGCGAGAAUGACGGCGAUGGUAAUCAGGAUAUUGGACAACAGCAACAACGACAACAACGACAACAAGGACGAAGACGACAACGACAGCAAUCUUCUUCUGCAGGAAAGAUUAUUAGAGUCGGUGUCUUCUAUUGUGGAUCGCCUGGCUUGGGAAGAACCUUGGCGCACGAAUGUAGCCGUAGUAGCGAUUCGCGUAUCAAAUUUGUCUUUUCCGGGCAAUGAUGAUUUGGCUAGUUAUAGAAUAAUGAAUAUAAACAAUGGAGCUAUAGAUUUUUUAAAAUAUCUGAUUUGACAAUCCU